CAGAUUGAUGUAGAUGGGGUUGCAUACAUUUUGUAAAUAAUGGCGAGACCACGAAGUGUAUAGCUUCAACAUCGUCGUGUGUAAGGAGUCUGGAGGGUAAUACUCGGCAGCAGCAACAAACAGCGGCAGUAGCAGCAGAGGAAAGCGUGUAGCCUACUGUAUAAGCAGACGCUAAAUUAGAAUGCGAUGUUACCGUGAUUGAUCGGAAGGACGGCAGAGCCCGUACAGUAGCGUUACACUAUGGUUAUGUUAGUCGAGACUAUACCCAUCUAUUUUGUUUGGAAUUUAAACUCCAAUGCAGAUGGCAACAGUGCUACCAGUCUACUACUGACAAUAUGUAGUCUGUCUGGCGACCUGUAGCGGGCAAUUUUGUUGUUCUCGAGUUUUAUAGCAUGUGAUGGAUGUAUUGCCUCUAUACGGGAAACAAAGAGGAGGAAUAUGUUUAAUGUACAGUCGUGAAUAUUUUACAAGUACUCGCAUAUAAUCAUCAUCGGAGAGACUCUGGGAGCGGUAGAAACGCCUCCUGUUUUUUUAAGUUUUGAAAGACACUCUAGUGUUCCCAAGCUAGGGUUAUUUCUUAGCUGGGAUGUCGACUGUUUGAUUUUUCCCAAUAAUAGAUUGACCUAGGAGAAAGCAGCUCUACCGACCCUGUGUUGAAGCAGUGAGGAGGGUAUAACUGGAGAUGUCUUCCCUCUAAAGGAAUGGCACUCACCCCUAAAUAUAAACCAAGGACGGAGAGCCUGCCCAAUACAUUGUCAAGUGCAAUGUUUGGGAAUGGGCAGGCUAACCCUGAGGACAACCCUAACUAUCUUGUCUACAAGAAGAUGGAGUCCAUUGUUGACCGGAUGCAGGAUGAAAGCACAGGUGUACCCGUCCGGACAGUCAAAAGCUUCAUGUCCAAAGUACCAAGUGUGUUCACAGGUGUGGAUCUGAUAGCCUGGAUUAUGAAGAAUGUGGACGUGGAGGAUCAAGCUGAGGCGACACACUUGGCGACACUGAUGGCUUCCCACGGUUACUUCUUCCCCAUAGACGACCAUGAAUUGAUAGUCAAAAAUGACAACACAUACUACAGAUUUCAGACACCAUGUUUUUGGCCAUCAAGAUGUGGGGAACCAGAAAAUACAGAUUAUGCGGUGUAUUUAUGCAAGAGGACAAUGCAGAACAAACAACGCUUAGAAUUAGCAGAUUACGAGGCAGAAAACUUGGCAAGACUCCAGAAAAUGUUUUCUAGGAAAUGGGAAUUUAUCUUUAUGCAAGCUGAAGCCCAGGCAAAGGUAGACAAGAAACGAGACAAAUUGGAACGUAAAGUUCUAGACAGCCAAGAAAGAGCAUUCUGGGAUGUCCAUCGACCUGUGCCGGGUUGUGUAAAUACAACAGAAGUUGAUAUAAAGAAAGCAUGUCGGAUGAACCGCCAUUCAAAAAUGACACGGCAUAACUACGCUGUACCAGGAGGACGGAUUAGUCCCAGUGUGUCAGAAGCAGAUCUACACAACCCUUGUGAAAGUAUACGACAUGAGAUCGACUCCUUAAAAAAGAAACUAGAGAAAAGAAGAGUAAAAAUAUCCAAAGUGACAGAGAGCUAUGUGGCGUACUAUGAACAAUAUGCUGAGUUUGACCCCUUUAUAAUGAGUCCUGACCCCUCCAAUCCGUGGGUAACUGACUGCAUAGACUUCUGGGAAAUGGAGAAAACAGUCAAUCCACGAGAUAUUCCACAACGCAGGGUAAAACGCUGGGCGUUUUCUAUAGAGGAACUAUUGGGGGACCCAGCAGGAAAAGAACAGUUUAGCAAAUUUUUAGAUAAAGAAUUCAGUGGAGAAAAUUUGAAGUUCUGGACAGCGUGUCGGGACCUGAAGGGGCUAGCUAUGAAGAAAGUUAAUUGUAAAGUACAUGAAAUUUUCUCAGAGUUCUUGGCUCCUGGUGCUCACAACCCUGUCAAUGUAGAUAGUCGUAUAACAGAACUUGUACGAUCGCGGGUGGAAAACUGCCCCAACCGAUAUUGUUUUGAAGAAGCUCAGGAUCACAUAUUCAAGCUUAUGAAAAGUGACAGUUACAGUCGUUACCUUCGCUCAGAUAUGUACAAAGAAUUUUUAAGUGGAACCAGGAAAAAAGUAAGACUUCUACCAGCAAUAGCAAGCAACUUCUCAGCGUUCAAGCACUCAUCCUGACUGACUGUGUCGUAUUGUCCAUCCUGUCCUGUAGUUCGUCCCAACACUUGUAUCCCAUGUGACACUCCCAUAGUCCAUUUGAUAUUGUGGUGUGCUGUACUAUCCCAUGACAAGUCCAGAAAGCUCUAAAUGACCUGUUGCCAUGGUGAUACAUUAUUAGACAAUCUGAUACUGGAGUAAAAUUAAAGAAGAUGUCACAUUAACAGACUGAAUGAAAUAUCAUAGAGUGGGUUUCAGUGCUUAUGAAUAGGAGAGAUUCCUCCAAAGUCAUUACCCCAUUAUGUCUGUGACUUAAAACAAAAUUUUCCAUAUCAGAGCAGUACCCCCUUCCUGUGUAUCAAUUACAGUCAAGAACAUUAUUGUUUCCGGACAUUGCUAACCUUGACAACAUGAGCUUAAGGCUUCCCAUGGGAUGUACAGCUUUCUGUGUCUAGUUGUGUGGUAUGUUGGUGGUCCACUAAGCAUCUAAACACUUGGAUUUGGUCCAAAACUUUUUUGUGAAUACUUUUCUUUGUUCAACCGACAAGAUGCUACACAAAUCAUGGACUGACAAGAUUUUUGGAAAAUAAACUUUGAGGAUUUUCAUUUAUAUUCUGUUUAGUUGCUCAAACCGAAAACAAUAUGUAUAGUUAUCCAAACAUUUUACUGGCUGAAAGAAAGCUGGAAUGUCAGUGUAGGUAUUUCCUGAAUAUGCCCAUGAUUUUUGUUUAAAUUAUUUGUUUUCGUUAACCAUGAAUGAUUGUGUGAUAUAGUUUAAUCACUUUAACCUCAAAAUGUAUUGUUUCUUUUCUAAUCUUAUUUUAAUUUCAUACAAAGUUGCUGUAUUACUGAUUCUUUCAUUUGUUGCCUUCUUUACUUACAAAAUAUUUACAUUUGUAAAUAGACAUCCUAGAAUGAGCCAUAAGGAGUCCAGAUAGUUAGAUAUAUAUUUUAUUUUGUAGUUGUUAUUUAUUAAUCACUCAAUCCGGAAAGAGAUUAUAAAAUUGGAAUGUAAUUUAUUUUUAAUUUUUAUGACGUGGACAUUAAAAGUCCAUUGUGGGUUUGAUCAUUUGUUACUGUUAUAACAAGAAUUUGUCUAUUGGGACCAAGAGCAGAUUGUCUCCCCUGCACUGGGUUCUCCUUCAGAAUAAAAUGCAUUCAUAAGUGAUAUUACAACUUAUUUGCUGAAGGUCUUCCUUUUUCACUGUAUCAUUUUAAUUGUCAUAUGCCAUGAAAAUAUGACUGAGUUUGUGGGAAUGACUGAAUAAUUUUUAAUAUUAUCUAGGUACAGUUAGAUUCCACUUGGGUUUAAUCACCCAUUGAUAUGAGGGAAAGAGACAAGUAGCAAUUCAUAUGAAUAAAACUUUUCUUUAUGUUACUAUUCAGUUCCUGUUGUGGCCAACUUUGAAAUAUGUUCAACUGUAAAUUAUUAUUUAAAAUUUUAUUCAGAAUGAGAAGUAUCUGUUGAAAUAUGACGGAAAAUAUAUAUUUUGAAAUAAUUUUGAUUAGUCGAGGGAAAAAAGGAGAAUGAAUGGAGAUAGAAAAGAGCAAUAUUGUAAUGUAUUAUGGAAUUUUAAUUCAGAGAUGACAGAGAUAAGAUUGGAAUGUUCUGAACGACCGUGUAGGAUAAUCUUUGACAUUUCCUUUCUUGAUAUUUUACUACAGUCAAAUGAGAUAAAAUGCUUAUUAGUUGUGAAGGGAGCAUUUGGCUUAGAUAAGUUAUGUCUCUGUAGCAUGUCUGAAUUGUGAUAGGUUUGGGAACAAUGUUUUGCUCACUUUUGUAAUUUUAAAGAAAGGAAACUACACACUGAAACAAACUGACCAAAUUUCUAAAUGACUGUAUAUGUAUAUGUUAUUCAUAUUGCAACCAUUGCCUCAUCAUUUAGCUUUUGCUUAUGCUGGCAUAAUGCUUCAAUAUACUUGUAUAUUUAUUAAUGGAAUAUUAGUGGGUCAUUAUGAUAAAAGUGCCCCGACUGUUGACAUUGUUACUGUCCUUACAUAAACAUUGGUCAGUGAAUCCAGAUGAGGUUUUGUAAUCUGUAUAAAAUAUCUUAUUGUGAUGUAUUUUUUAAAUGUAUACAUCUAAAGGAGGGAACAGCUAAUGAAGAGCCAGGCAUGUGUUGUAGAUACAAUUACUAGUCUUAUUUAAUUUGUUUGAAGCAGCACUUUAUUUUUGUAUAACACCUGUGAUAGAAUUUCCUAGUGGUGUACUUACACAUGUUAUAAUUACUGAUGUAGAUUUGUUCCAUUAGCACUCCAUAUUUUUGUUUCACUGGGUUAACAAUUUUUAUCUUUUUGUGUGCUAUUGUUUCUUAUUAUUGUUAUUAAUUUUCAGUCUCUAAUUGUUGAUUUUAUUAUUUAAAUUUAUUAUUUGAAAUUUCUAGAUUUUUUUAUUGU